GAUGGGAAAUAAUAUCUGUCGUUUGUAGACUUUGAUAAGAAAUAUCUAAGAAAUCCAAGUAUUGCGUCUACUCUUUCUGUGUGUCAGCAGUUGCUCUCGUUUCUCACCCUUGUCAGUGUGUACGUAAAUUGAGGAUUACAGUGAUGGAUUCUAUUGCUUCGCCAUGGAUAUCCGGAACUUCCACUCCACCACCGCCACAAUUUCUCACAUCAUCAACUUCUGGUUUUCGAGUGUUUUGCCGAUCUCAGUUUCCAGCCAGGGAUCUCAAAUUUGUGCUCCAUGAUGCUCUUCAUUGUUCUGGUUCUGAUAUCUCUCAUGCUCGGGCUGCAAGGGAUGGCUUUAUUUCUCAGAUUCGGAAUUUGUCUGAGAUUGAGAGAGAAACCAGCAUUUGUAUUAAUAAAUGUGUGAACCUGGGGAAAACAGCUUUAUUUGUUGCUGCAGAAGAUGACUCCCUCAUGUCUCAUUCUUCUGUACCUCUUCCGGUUGAUGCUUUUUUGGAGAGACUUGAUAACCUUUCUACAAGCUAUUGUCCUCAUUAUCGUUCUUCAUUAGCUUCAUCACCAGAGGAUCUCUUGGAUAGCAUUGAGAGGUAUCUAUACAUCACAAAGGGUUUCCGGAGAAACUCUGCCAGUUAUCUUCCAGAUCCAAGAGAUUAUUAUCUUCACUCGGUUCUGACACAGCGUUGUGGUUCUGUCGCUAUCCUAUCUCUUAUUUAUUCGGAAGUCAUUAAAAUGCUGCAACUUUGGGGUGUAAUAGAUUUUGAUGUAGAAAUAUAUCACCCACAUGAUCUCUCAUGUCUUCCUCGAGCCUAUAAUAAGAAGAAAGGCAAAGAUUCUGAUCAAAAACACAUCUUGACAACAGAAUCCCUUUUGGUGGAGACAUUGAGAAACUUGAAGAAUACGUACUGGCCAUUUCAACAGAGUCACACGGAGAGUUUAUUCUUAAGGGCAGCAAUUGCAGCUAAUUGCGUAAAUAGUGGCUUGGACCAUGCAUCUGCUAAGGCUGCCCAACAUAGGCUAGAUCGUGGUGUUUGGACUAGUGUGCUUUUCGGAGAUAUGAGACGUGCAUUAUCUGCGUGUGAACGUCUAAUCCUCUUAGAAGCUAAUCCAGAGGAGUUGAGAGAUUAUGCUGCUCUUCUUUACCACUGUAGCUAUUAUGAGGAGGCAUUGCAUUACCUGAAAUUAUACAAUGAUGUAAAGCAAACAGCAGAUUCACCACACAACGCUGCAGAAAAUGAUGCUGUUGAUAAGCUGAUUGUUCGAUUGAACCUCAUUUUGAUGGAAGAAGGUUGGAAGAGGCCCUCAAGGAGCUUCCUUCGCCACAAUUCUGAGCCAUGGUAGUGUAUCUGAUACAGACCUCUAGACGCUUCCUUCGCCACAAUUCUAAGCCAUGGUAAGUAUAACUGAUACAGAUGUAAAUCCUCUGUUCAAUUUUGAGUGGCAACUGUCAAAAAGGAAUGCUUGAUUUGUUAAUAGAACAUACUUUAGGCGAGCGAGUCUCUCGGUGGCACCGAGCUUCAACUUCCCUGGGAAAUGAUAAUGUUUUCCAUCGGAGCUUUAGCAUGUAUAUAUGAGCUCUUGGUUCUCUUCCUAUGGUAACUGAUACGAAUUGCACAGAUUCGCAUCAGUAACUUUUUCUUGCACCGUGUAAAUAAGUAGGAUUAUCCUUUUGUUGUGUAAACGUUUUCUGUAUUUAUGUGAUCCCCUGGGGUCGUAUAAUGCAAUUACCGUUUUCCUCGGGACAUACCACAA